UUGCCAAUUUCAUCAAAGCAUUAACUCCGCCGAUUGUUAAAAAUAUUGGAAUUUUUCAGAAAAAUCCAGUUAGGAUGUUAUAACCGGCUCAUGGAGUCAUUAUCUAAGUUCCUAGAUUGUUCCUUACUUUGAUUUUAAGCAGUUUCGGUAAAUAAUAGGAUGAGUACCCAACCAAGUCCGGCGAAUCCUGCGGUGGAGCGCGACAAAGUCUACCAAUGGAUAUUGGAGCUCAGUAACCCAGAAACUAGAGAAAAUGCGUUGCUUGAAUUGAGCAAGAAACGUGAAACGGUCCCGGAUUUGGCACCCAUGCUUUGGAACAGUUUUGGAACGACGGCAGCUUUGUUGCAAGAGAUAAUCAACAUUUAUCCGGCCAUUAAUCCCGCUACAUUAACAGCACAUCAGUCAAACAGGGUUUGUAAUGCACUUGCUUUAUUGCAAUGUGUUGCCUCUCACCCAGAGACCAGAUCCCAGUUUCUCCUUGCACAUGUACCCUUAUUUUUGUAUCCCUUUCUACAUACGGUUUCGAAAACGCGUCCAUUUGAAUAUUUACGCUUGACCAGUCUAGGAGUAAUUGGUGCAUUGGUUAAAACUGAUGAACAAGAAGUGAUUAAUUUCCUCCUAACAACUGAAAUUAUUCCAUUGUGUUUACGCAUCAUGGAAUCAGGCUCAGAGUUGAGUAAAACUGUUGCAACAUUUAUUUUGCAAAAGAUUUUGUUGGAUGAAAGUGGAUUGUCAUAUAUUUGUCAGACUUAUGACCGCUUUAGCCAUGUUGCCAUGAUUCUCGGCAAGAUGGUCAUAUCUUUGGCUAAAGAGCCUUCAGCAAGAUUAUUGAAACAUGUGGUUCGUUGUUAUUUGAGAUUGUCAGACAAUCCACGGGCAAGAGAGGCAUUAAGACAAUGUUUACCUGACCAGUUGCGUGAUAACACUUUCAAUGUUUGCCUUCAAGAGGACAAAUCAACUAAACAUUGGUUGUCUCAGUUAUUGAAAAAUUUAGAGACAGCAAGUGGUGAUCCCAGGCAAGUCGGCAUAUCUCCCCUUACCUCUCAAUAAGUCAAUUCUGUGAUGUAACUUAUAAAUGUUGAUAGACCGAAUAUUGUAGUAAUUUUUAGUCAAUGGACUCACUGAUGUAUGAGGAGUGUAUUUUUAAAGAUCAGUUAUCCUCUGUCAUCUCUAAAAUUAUAAUCCCUAUAAUAUUAUUUAUAUUUAUCAAUUCAAAUUGGUUUUAAGAACAGAAUCAUUGUAUACUGUUUUGAAUUAAUAAAAAAUUUGAGGUAUUCAGAAGUGUGUAAUAUGAAAUAGGGCACAUUUUCAAAUUUUUGUAUUAUUGUUAAUUGAUAGCAUAACUUAAUUCCAUUGGACAUUCAGAUGUACCUUCAUGUAGGUUGUAGGUUGUACAUAAUAUCUGUUGAAAACAUGUUUAAAUCUUUUGGGGUACUAAACACAUACAUAUUCUAGUUAAAUUUUGCCAUAUCAUUGAUGUGGUCUAUUGUUUUUUGUGGAAGGAUAAUGAAGUUUCGUUAAGAGACGUUCGUGUUAUCCAACUGGAAUUGUAGACAAACAGUAUUUCAGGAGUCAUUUGUAUAUAAUUAUUUCCACAUAAUUUAUAAUAUAAACUUAUGAAAUUAAAUGUUGUUUACAUAUUAUAUUUGAUACAAAAUAAAAUCAUCAACCAUUUUAA